CGCGGUGAAUCAAGGCGCUGAGACGCCUCUCCAGGCGCUGACCCAGCGGACCCCUGACCCAUAAGGAGUAGUAGAGUAAACCCGGCUGAACUCGGAGUCCACUGACUCACCCGGGCUAGAACGGCAAACCUGCGGCGGCUGGUGACGCGCGCGUCCUCCCUCCUCCUCCCACCUGUCCCCGGGGUGGCGCUCGUCGUUGACGUCGGGGCUAUAAUGGCCGCCGGGAGGCUAGGAAGGUGAAGUCAGAAUUGGUGGAGUCAACACAAUCGGUAACCAACCUCAACCUGAGACAGGACAGAGAAGAACUCAAAUUCUUUUCGUCUUUUUGACUCCAGCCAUGUCCAUGAUGCCCACCCUGUGAAGGUCUCUCACCAUCCAAAAACUUCUCCUCUGUUCCAGUUGUGCCAGCAGACGAUCCGUGGAUCCAUUUUAUUUUUCCUACUAGGAGCUGCUGUGCAUUAAACUGGCGCGAUGUCCCUGCUCUUCUCUCGAUGCAACUCCAUUGUCACAGUCAAGAAGGAUAAGAGACACAUGGCUGAAGUGAAUGCUUCCCCACUCAAGCACUUUGUCACUGCCAAGAAGAAGAUCAAUGGCAUCUUUGAGCAGCUGGGGGCCUAUAUCCAGGAGAGUGCCACCUUCCUCGAGGACACCUACAGGAACGCGGAACUGGACCCUGUUACAACAGAAGAACAGGUUCUGGAUGUCAAAGGUUACCUAUCCAAAGUGAGGGGCAUCAGCGAGGUGCUGGCCCGCAGGCACAUGAAAGUGGCUUUUUUUGGCCGGACGAGCAACGGGAAGAGCACCGUGAUCAACGCGAUGCUCUGGGACAAAGUGCUGCCCUCCGGGAUCGGCCACACCACCAACUGCUUCCUGCGGGUGGAGGGCACAGACGGCCACGAGGCCUUCCUCCUCACCGAGGGCUCCGAGGAGAAGAGGAGCGUCAAGACUGUGAACCAGCUGGCCCACGCCCUUCACCAGGACGAACAGCUGCAUGCCGGCAGCCUGGUGAGUGUGAUGUGGCCCAACUCCAAGUGCCCGCUUCUCAAGGAUGACCUCGUGCUGAUGGACAGCCCUGGCAUUGAUGUCACGACAGAGCUGGACAGCUGGAUUGACAAGUUUUGCCUGGAUGCUGAUGUGUUUGUGCUUGUGGCCAACUCGGAGUCCACCCUGAUGCAGACGGAAAAGCAGUUCUUCCACAAGGUGAGCGAGCGCCUGUCCCGCCCGAACAUCUUCAUCCUGAACAACCGCUGGGACGCGUCCGCCUCGGAGCCCGAGUACAUGGAGGAGGUGCGGCGGCAGCACAUGGAGCGCUGUACCAGCUUCCUGGUGGACGAGCUGGGUGUGGUGGACCGCGGCCAGGCCGGAGACCGCAUUUUCUUUGUGUCUGCCAAGGAGGUGCUCAACGCCAGGAUCCAGAAGGCCCAGGGCAUGCCCGAAGGAGGGGGCGCUCUUGCAGAAGGCUUUCAAGUGAGGAUGUUUGAAUUUCAGAAUUUUGAGAGGAGAUUUGAGGAGUGCAUCUCCCAGUCUGCAGUGAAGACCAAGUUUGAGCAGCACACAGUCCGGGCCAAGCAGAUCGCGGAGGCAGUCCGCCUCAUCAUGGACUCUCUGCACGUCGCGGCGCAGGAGCAGCGGGUUUACUGCCUGGAAACACGUGAAGAGCGGCAGGAGAGGCUGAGAUUUAUUGACAAACAGCUUGAGCUUUUGGCGCAAGACUACAAACUGCGAAUUAAGCAGAUUACAGAGGAAGUUGAAAGGCAGGUGUCCACCGCGAUGGCCGAGGAGAUCCGGCGCCUGUCUGUGCUGGUGGACGAGUACCAGAUGGACUUCCACCCCUCUCCAGUGGUCCUCAAGGUUUAUAAGAAUGAACUGCACCGCCACAUAGAGGAAGGACUGGGCCGAAAUAUGUCUGACCGCUGCUCCACGGUCAUCACCAGCUCCCUGCAAACCAUGCAGCAGGAGAUGAUAGACGGCUUGAAACCCCUCCUGCCUGCGUCUGUGCGGAGUCAGAUGGACGUGCUGGUCCCUCGGCAGUGCUUCUCCCUCAGCUACGACCUGAACUGUGACAAGCUGUGUGCCGACUUCCAGGAGGACAUCGAGUUUCAUUUUUCUCUCGGGUGGACCAUGCUGGUGAACAGGUUCCUGGGUCCCAAGAACAGCCGCCGGGCCUUGAUGGGCUACAACGACCAGGUGCAGCGGCCCAUGCCCCUGACCCCAGCCAACCCCAGCAUGCCCCCACUGCCCCAGGGCUCCCUCACCCAGGAGGAGCUCAUGGUUUCCAUGGUCACCGGCCUGGCCUCCCUGACGUCCAGGACCUCCAUGGGCAUUCUCGUUGUUGGAGGAGUGGUGUGGAAGGCCGUGGGCUGGCGCCUUAUCGCCCUCUCCUUUGGCCUCUAUGGCCUCCUCUACGUCUAUGAGCGUCUUACCUGGACCACCAAGGCCAAGGAGAGGGCCUUCAAGCGCCAGUUUGUAGAGUACGCCAGCGAGAAGCUGCAGCUCGUCAUCAGCUACACCGGCUCCAACUGCAGCCACCAGGUCCAGCAGGAACUGUCUGGGACCUUUGCUCAUCUGUGCCAGCAAGUUGAUGUUACCCGGGAGAACCUGGAGCAAGAAAUUGCCGCCAUGAACAAGAAAAUCGAGGUUCUUGAUUCACUUCAGAGCAAAGCCAAACUGCUCAGGAAUAAAGCCGGCUGGUUGGACAGCGAGCUCAACAUGUUCACGCACCAGUACCUGCAGCCCAGCAGAUAGUGGGCAGCCCGGAGCCGGAGCCUGCACGGGACGGGGCCUUCCCGCAGGGCCCGCACGGCUCCUGUCCGUUGCCGCCACCGUGAGAGUGAAAGCACCCGCUGUCUCCCACCGUUUUGAGCCCUUAAACGCUAGUUAUUUCCCCUAUCCUUUGCCUGCUGUUGCAGGAAGAUCUUCCAGCUCGUACCCCUAAAGGAGACUUUUUCUAAAAAUGAUGACUAUGGACAGCAUGGUACUGAGGAGUCAAGUCGUGUCUUUUCUCUGCUUUGUCAGGUUCCCUUGACUGAGAAUCAUCUGAUUGCUUGCUGAGGUCUUGGGAUGGGCCAGCAUUGCAGAGUGCCUGGCUGGGGCCUUUGAGGGUAUCAGCCGACACUCCCUCCUCUGGCCAACACUAACACCCACCCGUGCACACGUGCCCGCCGUGCACCCCAGCUCACCGGCAGAGAACGACAGCCUUCGCCGGUGGUUGCGUUUUCUUCCCAGACUGCACUGGGAACAGUUCCAGGAAGGCCCGGGCCGUCCCGGGAGGGCCCAUGGUUUAUGUGUCGGUUUAGUCCUUCGGCUUUCAUGCUUCGUCCCGUUUUCAGAGCCUUCUAGACCAGCCUUUCAGUCCUGGUGGUGGCGCUCAGUGUGCCUUGGGUCUUAGGCUGAGGUGGGCCUUGUGCCAUGUCACAGAGGCAGCUGGAGUACUGAGUAGCAGAGGGGAGAUGGCGUGUGGAGGGUGGGUCACGAUGUCUGUCUCUGUGCUGUUGGUGGGCGGCCGGGGCUGUGACGAGGAUGGACUUGCCCCGCUUCUCCUCAUCGUGUCCCUUGUUUUAGCUUCCGUCCUUAGCCUGUUAGUCUGGCUUGUUAUUGAUGCAAGAUGGUUUGGUCCAGAUCGUUAACGGAUGUAGUAGAAGGAAAGAUGGUGGAAGGAGGGGACCUUGGCGGCAGUCUGAGGGGAGUGGGGCCCACCUGGGACGGCUGGAGAAUCUGGAGUUGACACAGAACAGGGCCCUCUGUUUGACUUCGCCCUGUGAGGGGGUCAUGGGGUCUGAGAGCCCACCUUACUAGCUUGAUGGCAUCUCUCUUUUGCCCUCUAAGAGACAUGUUCCCACUUCUCACCCCACCUUGGCCAAGCUCCCCUUGGCCACCAGUCCUCUGGACAAAGUCUCCUGUGCCAGCGAGGCUGCACUUGGCCUAGAGGCAGUGCGGGAAACCCAACACCCAUCCUCCCACCCUCCCUGAUCCCCAGAGCCUCCAGCUGACACACGUGGCCUCAUGUUGAUUUUGAGAAGUGUUUCCUGUUGUUGAGUUGAGGAUUGUUACUGGUCAAAGUGGGGGCAGGUUCCUGUCUCCAAGGUGUUAACGGUCUGGGGCAAGCAGCCUCUGGGUUACAGCCUGUGCAGUGCAGGUCAGAGAACUUCCUAGAAGCCACCAGCAGCUCUCUCCCAGAAAGAGGCGGGGCUCCAGCAGAGAGGUGGGGCUGCUCCUGCUCUUUUGAAUCUACCCACCCUCCGGCUUCGGGGAAAUGACUUGGUGGCCGCUGCUCGUUGGCGGGUGGCCAUGCAGGUGGCAUCCUCUCCAGGUGCCUGCUUGUCCUUCAAACCCUGAGUCUACGCUGGUGUGGGGAACAAAGUAAUGGACUUCACCAAGGCCACUGUGCAGUGGGAGGACACUGAGCUUUUUGCCAGGCCUGGAUGGUGGUCACCACACAGUGCGUCUGGAAAAAUCAGUGUCACACAACUCCAAUGAAUUUUGUGCUUUUUGGGGAAAAAAUUAUUUAGGGUAACUAAACAUAUGAAUUAUUUUGAAUGUAGCCUCUGGGCAGUGAAUGGGAUUUUGAGCUUCUUACACAAUAAGUAAAAUUAAAUUUAUACCACUGAGGGCGAGACUCUGAAAGAAGUGUGGCAGAAAGCACUUUAAUUUGAUGCUGCUAUCUUUGUUCUCGGUUUUCAUGUUCAUUUGUUGGAGAGCGAGAUGUGCUUGAUGUGAGUUUUUCCUCUGAUGCGUUUAAGGUGAUGUAUUUUGCCUGAAUUACUCCUGUAUCAUUGCUGAUAAUAUUGGACACUAAAAUAAAACCUAGUUGGAAACCGUC